ACAGCCGUUGUUUUUCAAUCACAGAAAUGAUGGCGAUUACCAUUUUAGAGGUGUAUGGUCGCAAGUGACACAAGGAUUACGCAGUAAUUUGAGCUGAAAUUCCUGAUUAGUGGUCGUCUUAGGGACAUUUUACAAUGUCCAAGCGACAUUCAAAUGAGAUCGUCCACGAGGGGUGGCUGACCAAGUCACCCCCGACCCAGAGAUUGUGGCGAGCCGUCAGCAGGUGGAGAAGACGAUGGUUUGUCCUUCGUCAGGGAGACCUACCGGGACAGUAUUUCCUUGAGUACUACACCGACAAAAAGUGUUUUAAGUUGAAAGGAAAAAUAGACUUGGACCAAUGCGAGCAGGUGGAUGCUGGCAUUGAGAGCCCGGAUCACUUGAGAGUGAAGUGCAGAGAGAAUCUGUUUGAUCUCAAAACACCACAUAGGACAUAUUACCUGGCUGCUGACUCGAAAGUUGAGAUGGACAAAUGGGUUGAGUGCAUUUGCAGAAUAUGUGGACUGAAAGCAGAAAUCGACGCUACAGAAACUAGUUAUGGAUCAGUGCAAGUUGAAGAGUUGAGUUUCUCUCCCAUGGAAAUGAGUUUCGAGAACCAAGACGUGACAACACCAACAAGUCCGAGCUCAGCAUCAACGCCGUACAUAUUCAUCAGCGAGUGCUACUCUGGCAAGCCACCACCCGGAGUGCUGACAAAAGAAAUGGAAGCUCAAAUCGACAAUCUGACUUCGGAUCGAAAAAUACGCACCCGUGCUGAACAAACACAGUUCAUUCGCUCGCAGAAACCGACAAAAUUUUCUCAGUCGGUGCCCAAAGUGUCUGAUAUACCGGCUGACGAUUUUUAUGACAUGCCGCGUAAAUUGACGGUCAACGAACAAGACAGCAUUUCGCUUGGACAGGGCAUGCAGGAUGACGUGUUUGCCGACGAAUGGACCCUGAGCCAAGCACCGUCUGUAAACUGGAACACCUUUCCACGGGACAGUAUGUCUGAAAUUAACAGCAAGAGGGCGUCCGAGAGCUCGGAAGCGUCAACCGAAGAAAAUCCUAAUUCAGCCGACUUAGCGUCGUUAAUUGUUGCUAAGCGAUUCAGCAGGGUCAUAACCGGACAAAUAGAUGAGGCGCCUCCUCGUCCGCCAAAGCCAGCGCAUUUUGUAGACAUUCCGUCUCACAGCUACUUGAACAUCGAAUCAGUUUUGGAGAACAAAAACUGCGCUCCUACCAAGCCGUCAAAGAGUUCUCCUCCCGAGCAGGUGGAAGUGAUCACUGAUGACAUGUACGACUUCCCUCGAUCUCACCAGGUGUUGUCCGAGUCUCGAGGCCCCAAGCACUGUUACUCCAAUGCGUCGGCUAAUCCAAACGGAAAUGUUUUCCAAUAUGACUUCAACUUGGAUGACCACAUACACACGUCGCAGAUUGCUGACUGCUUAAUUGAGCCAUCGACUCCCAAGUCUGACAACGGUUCCCAAUCUUCUUUUACUCUCUACUCAAACUUGCCAAGCCCUGCGCUGCUAAAAGCUGGAGACUCAACGGCAACGCAGCCACCGUCGGUACACAGGGACUUGAAACCAGGCAGGAAAGUUUCCGACUCAACUUCCUGUGAAACCUCUCCGAGUCCCUUUGUACCACCACCAAAUGUGAAUCGAGGUCUAAAACCCAUAAGGAGAGUCCCAGACAGUCCAAAUUCAGAGCUAAAUGGAUUUAAGUUAUCUGCUCCUCCAAUGCAUCGGGCACAGUCGGACAGCAGAUCAGUUAGGAAGCAGCGUGCUGCUCCUAGCCCUACGCCCCCUGGGACAAUGCCAAAGAGUCCUGUUGGCACUUUUUGCCCUGCUUAUUCCUACUCGGACGAUUCCGACGAGGAACAAAACUUUUUCCACAUUGUGAACAACAAGUUUGUCCCAUCUAACAGAGGCUUUGACAAAUUGAAAUAUUUGGAUCUUGACAUGGAGAUGGGAGGAUCGGCAAAUGGAACUCUCAGCUCUCCCAGGAACAAGCCUAGCAAGAGCACUCUUUCACUAGGCCCGCCAACAAUAUACAACACUGUUGAUUUUGUGAAAACACAAGCAUUUAACCGCACAAGGCAAGAAGUUGAAACCAUGAGGCAAAAGCCUCAUUGAUAUUUCAUGUAUAAUUUUCGUCUAAAGAACUAAUGCAAUCUUGAUUAAUAGUGCCUCUAUAUAUUAUGUAUAAAAAAUGAAUCUACUUGUGCCUUUCUUACAUAGUUGUAAUAAUUUUUCUAUGAUUAUAAUUGCCUAUAUUUUUGUUAUCCUACUUAUUUCGCUCCCAUACUCAAAGCUUAGUUAAGUGAGAAUCAAGCAAAAUGUAACUCGAGUGUCAUUGUAAGCAAACGAGCUUUAUUUUUAUUUAGCCAUUUACUCUGGUGAUUACGAAUUAAAUCUUUAUGACUCCACUAUUUUCAACGCUGUAUUAUAAAGAUAUAUUUACUGGAUUAAAGAGAUAAAAUCAGUUUUAUAACA